UUUAGACAUCUUCUACUAUGAUGUAACAACCCUUUCUAAAGGGACCCAAGAGCGUAAAUAAUGCAAAAAUUGUACCAAUAAAUAAUAAUCAUAACACGUUAUGAAUUCAUUGAAUUCAUCCAAAUUCCAAAUUCAUGUGAAGGAUUGUCACUUUGUGCAUAAAUAAAUAAUUUUGACUUUGGCCUUUUCUACUUUGUCUUUUGAAUCUUCCUUCAUAAAAUUACAUAAAGCUAACACAAAAUUCAUAAAAACCCACCAAUUCCCAUUAAACCCAACACAAUUCAUAUAAUUUGCUACCUUCUUCAACAACUUGUGAAUUGAGUGUAAGAAAAUGGCAGAAGAAGGAAGGAAAAUAGGAUUAGCAAUGGAUUUCUCAAAGGGAAGCAAAGCAGCAUUGAAAUGGGCAUUAGAUGGUCUAAUUAGGAAGGGAGAUACCCUUUUUAUUAUACACGUUAUGCAUCCCCAAGCUUUAGAGUCUCGCAAUCUUCUUUGGGCUACAUCUGGUUCACCUUUAAUACCUCUUGGUGAAUUUUGUGAUCCGGAGGUGAGGCAUGGUUAUGGAGUAGAAGUUGAACCUGAUGUUUUGGAAUUGCUUGACUUGACAUGCAAACAACAAGAGGUAAAUGUGCUUUGGAAAAUCUACUGGGGAGAUGCAAGGGAAAAAGUUUGUGAAGCAGUUUUGAGCUAUGAAUUGGAUGCUUUGGUCAUGGGAAGCAGAGGAUUAGGCUCCAUCCGAAGGGUAUUACUCGGAAGUGUGACAAGCUAUGUGCUAGAGCAUGCAACUUGCCCAGUUACAGUUGUGAAGGACCGUCCGCAUUAAUGAUGCUGAAGAGUGAAGAGCACCAUCAACUUUGUACUAUGAUUUAUCACUAUUUCUACUCUCUCAAUUUGUUGUGAAUCUUUGUUGUUUACCAUUGAUGUGGCAUACCAAAAAUGAAACAAUGAAUACUUAUGUUAACUCUUUUACAUUUUGAAAUAAUUUAUGUAUGGUUUGGUAGUGAAUGAAACUUUCAAAUACAUGGUUGGUUUGUAUUA